UCUAUCGUUGCUUCUUUUCUGCUCCUCUUUAUUUUUAAUCUUUUUUUUUCUGUUGAUAUAAAUAAGCCUUCAUUCUGAAACUUAUUUCCAAAAUCCAACUUCCUUCUUCUUCCAGUGACCUAUUUUCCCCCCAACAAAAACAGAAAUAGAGAAAAAGAGAAAACUAACAUGAGUAACAUAAACCAAACAAUAAAUACACUCGCUGGGGGAUCUUCUGACAACAGAACCAAUAAUUUCGCCAUGGAAGUUCCUAAAUUCAAGUCUUUUCAACCUCCUCCAUUCCCCAUGUCUCCUUCUUCUUACCUUUCCUCUUUCUCUUCUGGUUUAAGCCCCACUGAGAUUCUAAAUUCCCCUCUUCUCUUCUCCUUUGGUGUUUUUCCAUCUCCUACUACCGGUGCUUUAAACUUGAGAAAUGAUUAUGAGGAGGUUGACCAACAAGAAAUGAAGGGAGAUGUUAAAAAUUACUCUGUUUCUGCGUAUAACCCACAAACAGGAUCCUCUGUUUCGUCUUAUUUUCAGUCCUCUUCUUCCAACUUGACUCUACUGCAGAAUCCAAGCGGUUUGUCGUGUGAUGAAAGUGGAGCUAAAUCAGAAUUUGUUAACACAGAAAUGGCGGCAGCUGAAUCAAAGCAAAAUUCUCAGCUAGCAAUUUACAACAGAGAACAACAAAAAUCAGAGAACGAUGGAUAUAAUUGGAGAAAAUAUGGGCAAAAACAAGUGAAAGGAAGCGAAAAUCCACGAAGCUAUUACAAGUGCACGUUUCCAAGUUGCCCAACAAAGAAAAAAGUAGAAAGAUCAUUAGAUGGGCAAAUUACUGAGAUUGUUUAUAAGGGAACCCAUAAUCACGCCAAGCCUCAGCCGACAAGACGCUCCAGUAACUCCGGCGUUUACGAUCCAUCAGCGGCGGAAACCGGGGUGUUGCAGGAGGAUUGUUCGGUGUCGGUGGGGGAGGAGGAAUUCGAACCCAAUUCGCCGUUUAGCAACUCGAUUGAGGACAAUGAAAACGAACCGGAAGCUAAGAGAUGGAAAGGAGAAAAUGAGAAUGAGGGAUAUUGUGGGGGAGGAAGCAGAACAGUGAAAGAGCCAAGAAUUGUUGUUCAAACAACAAGUGAAAUUGACAUACUGCCUGAUGGUUACAGAUGGAGGAAAUACGGACAAAAAGUCGUCAAAGGAAAUCCAAAUCCCAGGAGCUACUACAAAUGCACAUCUUUAGGUUGCCCGGUGAGGAAACACAUCGAGAGAGCGGCCAACGACAUGAGGGCUGUGAUCACUACCUACGAAGGCAAACACAACCAUGAAGUUCCAGCAGCACGUGGCAGCGGUGGCGGUGGCUACAACACCAUCAACAGACCUAUACCAACCAACAUUCCAAUGGCAUUGAGGCCAUUAUCCAGUGUCACCAGCCAUUCUUUCCCAGCAAAUUUUCCAGCUGCAUUCCGGCCAGGAAAUUUAGGCAUGUCAGAAACAGGAACACAAGCAUCAUCGUUCCCAUUUCAAACAUCACAUGGAGUGCUUCCAAGUUUCCAAGUUUCGGGAUUUGGAUCAGCAGCCAAGGAAGAAGUAAGAGACGACACAUACUUCAUCAACUCAUUUCUAUCAUAGAUUUCUCUCCUUUUUUAUUCGUUUGUAGCUUUGUAAACUUAGUUGUGGAGGGAUGCAUGGGAUGAGUAGAAUAGAAUAGAUCAAUUUAACUUACAAGAGAUGAAUUUGUUGAUUGGUUAUAUUAUUAUAGAUAAAGAUGAAUUUUAGGAGAUAUGAUGAUGUUUGUUUAUGUUGUAUGAAUGAAUGAAUGAAUUAAUAGUAGUUGAAA